UCCACUUCCGGCUGACGUUUCCAACAUCCAACAUGGCAGAUUCCAGUUCAAUUAUGGAAGAAUCUAAUGACGUUACCUUGAAUUUUGGAGAAGAAGACGAAAUUGAUAGACGUAAAAGGUUGAAGCAUCCGGUAGCAGUAUUUUUCCACCUAUUCUUCCGUAUAGCCUCACUAUUAACCUAUCUGUUUUGUAGUUGGUUCAGCAACAGUGAAAUUACUAGCUUUAUUAUUAUAAUUGUUUUACUUUCAAUGGAUUUUUGGACAGUCAAAAAUAUUACAGGUCGACUUUUAGUUGGUUUAAGAUGGUGGAAUUAUGUUGAUGAUGAGGGAAAAAGCCAGUGGGUAUUUGAAUCUAGAAAGGGCAGUAAUCAGACUAAAAUAUCAGCAGAUGAAGCAAGAAUAUUUUGGUUAGCUUUAAUUAUAACAGAAAUGAUCUGGAUUGUAUUUAUGUUUAUAAGAAUGUUUUCAUUCAGUAUAGUAUGGUUUAUGACAAUAAUUGUUGGUAUCUUAAUGAACGGGGCUAAUAUAUUUGGUUAUGUUAGAUGUAAAUAUGGUUCUCAACAAAAGAUGACAUCAGUGGCCAGUAGUUUUUUUACGACACAGUUUUUUAAAUCUAUGUUCUCAUCAGCAGCAAGUACCAAGGGAAAUGAAUCAAAGCCAGGUGGUUCUAAAGUUGGAGCAUUAUGAUGGAACAGUUUCUUUAAUGUUUAAAAACAAACAUUCCUAAAACCAUUGUCUCAAAUUUAUUGUGAUAAAAAUAAAAACAUGUGGAAACAGGUUGUUAAAGGUGACUAAAUUAAACUGUGGUGCUGCUUAUAUAAUAGGUAUACGGUUGAUAAUUACCAGAUAAAUUUUGUUCUUAAGUCAUGGAAAAUGAUUUCGAACAACUAAGGCCAUAUAAAAUGUAUAUUCUGUUUAUCUAAUGCAGCUGCAUCACUUAAAUAAAAAAUAAAAACAGUCUCAUAAAUGACCGCACAUAAAUAUUUCCCCUGGUUACAGGAAGAAACUCUAUAAAAAAAAUUGAAUGAGACCAGAAUUGUACUGUUGUCUCAGUUAUCAAAUAUGCAACCCUGAUAAAUGUAAUUGACAAUCAUAAAUAAGACUGGAUAAUCACACAUUUUAAAAAAACAACAUGACGAGUUAAGUGUAGUGCCUUGAAAUGUGUUGUUUAUGAGAAGUCAUUUAGAACAGUAGUGUUGUUUGGGAUAAAACAAAAACACAAAAAGUUUUGUCAAAGAUUAUUUGUGAACCAGAAUAACUUUUUUGUAUGGCCUAAAAUCUAAUAAUUAGGUUUAAGUAUUUUAGGACUAGAAGUGGUGUUUAGUUAUAAUAUGGCGGUAGCUGUAGUAUGUAGUUUAUUGUUUAAUUAACUUAUACAUUACAUUUAUUACUAUUUAAAAAAUUUAUAAAGAUGAAAGAUCUUGCCACAUAAAUUCGCUUUUAACUUUUAAAGGAAUUUGAGAAAAAAAAAAGACACCAAUUAAAUUUUGAACUAAUUGCAUAAUAUUAUUUAAAAAGAUUGUAAUGCAUAUAUUAUACAGCUCUGAUAUGAUUUUAAUAUCUAAAGUAAAUAUUCCUCUUAAAUAUGAUAUAAAUUCACCAAAAAAAACAUUUUAUCUACACUAGUCUAUUAGCAUACAUUUGCUGAAUCCCACUGUGAUAUCAAAGAAUUCAGCUGCACCUUGUUUUAUUGGAUUUUUUCGGGAUGCUUGUCAUUUAAAAGACCCUGUAUGAUAAGAGACAUCUAAAGAAAAUCUGAUCCCUUAAGUUACUCAAUCAGAAUGAUGUAGAUCAUUUUGCUGUGUCAACUUUAUUUACAUAUAUAAUAAGCAAAAAGAAAAAAAAUGCCCCAAAUCUUUAUAUUAUUUGAUUUAUUAGGUCCAAGUUCUAUUAAUAAAUGUCGAAAGUAAAACAAAAGUAAGGAGUACAAUGUGGAUACCUUACCCGCCAUAGUUAUAAAUGACUAGAAGAGGUUGUGUCUUAUUUCUUAAAUGGAUAAUUCUUAAUGGCAUCUACAUCUGUAUGUAGUUCCUCUUGUAUAUAGUUUUGUUAUGUUUAUUCAUUAAUGUGGUUAUUUGUAUAUAUCUUGUUGAGAUUAUGUAUAUUAAUAGGGUAUUUAAUAUUCAAUUGUUAACAUUCAUUUGUAUCUAUCUCAUGUUUAUUCAUAAAAACUUGAAAUUAAAAAAAAGAAAUGUGCAAAGGUAAA